CAAUAGAACGUAAAAAUUGCACUCGUGCAGCACGAGUUUUGCCAAUCGAAAACGCCUUGAGAAAAACGCUAUUAAAUAACCUCUUUUUUGCUUUUGCAAUUAGCAAAGCUCAAAAUAAACGUAUAUUUCACUGAAGUUAACACAGGUAUAGACCAAGAUCCAAGCAGUACCAGAGGUAUGGAUGGAAAUAAUGACAUACCACCCAUUAAAAUCGAACCAAAACAAGAAGUAGAAAUCGAUUCCUUUCUUCAGGAGCAAAUUUCAGUCAGUAACGAAGUUUUGGUGACAAUAAAGCAUGAAGUUACCAUUGGUACAGCACAGCCCAAAUCGCUUUAUAAUGAAAAAGUUCAGCAACCCUCUGAAUUUCAAUUUCAGUUUAAAUGUGGUGAUUGUAAUUAUGGGACAAAUUUUAAGUGCAACUUCAGACGACAUCUUUUGAUACAUAAAGUUUCUAAGGAAUUUAAAUGUGCUACUUGUAAUUAUGAAACAAAUGAUAAAGAUUACUUCAAACGCCACCUUCUAAAACAUAGAGUUUCUAAGGAUUUUAAAUGUGCUAAUUGCCAUUAUGAGACAAAUGAUAAACAAUAUUUCAAACGCCACAUUUUAAAACAUAGAGUUUCUAAGGAUUUUAAGUGUGCCGAUUGUGAUCAUGAGACACAUGAUAAACGCAACUUCAAAGAACAUCUUUUAUUACAUAAAGUGUCUAAGGAUUUUCAAUGUGCCAAUUGUGAUUACGGGACAAAUAGUAAACAAGUCUUCAAACGACAUCUUUUAACACAUAAUGUUUCAAACGAGGUUUCUAAGAAUUUUAACUGUACCAAUUGUGAGUACGGGUCAAAUAAUAAAUACAUCUUCAAACGACAUCUUUUAAAACAUAAAGUUUCUAAGGAUUUUAAAUGCGCUGAUUGUGAUUAUGGGACAAAUGUUAAAUGCAACAUCAAACAACAUGUUUUAACCCAUAAAGUUGCUAAGGAUUUUAAAUGUGUUAAUUGUGAUUAUGAAACAAACAAGAAAUAUUGCUUUAACCAACACCUGUUAACACAUAAAGUUUCUAAGGAUUUUAAAUGUGCUAAUUGUGAUUAUGGGACAAAUCGUCAAAGCAACUUGAAACGACAUCUUUUAAAACAUACAGUUUCUAAUGAGGCUUCUAAGGAUUUUAAAUCACAAAUAUUAAACAUGUCUUCAGUCAACAUGUUUCAACACAUAAAAGAGUCUGAAAUUGUAAAAUAUGCUAAUUGUGAUUAA